AUGGUCGCUACCACCGCUCUCCUCAGCCAGAUUCUCCUAGCCGGCGCUGCUCUCGCCGCACCCCGUGCUAACGGGCUGGCUGGUCGUAUUGCUCGUCGUCGCGAGGCUUCCCAUCUCUCACGCCCUUUGGAGUUGUCAAGCUCCUCCACCAACGCCCAAAUUGAUGCCACCAACACCACCCAUGCCGAGCAGAGCACCAACUGGUCGGGCGCUGUCUUGAUCGCUGACUCUGCGACUUACACUUCGGUUACCGGCAGCUUCACCGUUCCCACUCCCUCUGUCCCCUCCGGGCAGUCCGGCUCGUCGUUCUCCUCUUCUGCAUGGGUCGGCAUCGAUGGAGAUACCUGCUCCACCGCCAUCCUACAAACCGGCCUCGAUUUCACCGUAGGUUCUGACGGGGACGUUUCCUAUGAUGCGUGGUACGAGUGGCUUCCCGACUCUGCCCAUGACUUCACUGGCAUCUCGUUCUCCGCCGGCGACUCAGUCACCGUCACCGUCACCGCGUCCUCCACGACUUCCGGCACAGCUGUCAUCGAGAACACCACCACCGGACAGAAGGUCACCAAAGACCUUACGUCCACAUCUGCCCUCUGCGAAACCAACGCCGAGUGGAUCGUGGAGGACUACGAGGAGAACGGUGGGCUCGUCCCGCUUGCCGACUUCGGAACGGUGACGUUCACUGGUGCGACGGCGACCACUGGCAGUGGCACCGUGGGACCAGACGGUUCGACCAUCAUCGACAUGGUGGAUGACAGUGGAAAUGUGGUCGCGAGUGCUUCGGCGGACUCGUCGUCUGUGACCGUCUCUUACCAGUGAGGCCACAGGGCGCGAGCCUUCGAAUGAUCAUGAAUUUAUGUUUACCAAACACUGCUCUUAGCGAACGCUUUCGUGAUGGAAUCCAGUCUUUUGACUCGCUCCUUAUACGUAUCCUUAUAUAUAUAGCAGAAACAAGUUGUAUCCUUGGGUUUGUACUGAAUGACUGGCCUCUCUUUGGUCUCUGGUUUGAAUGCGAUAUUCUU